AGGAGUCUCUUUGAUACCAGUUAUUCAUGGUAAUAGUUUUGAGUGACUUUGUUUUAGAUCUUUCAACUUUUGGUAAAAGGUUUUGCACAAGCUGAUCAACUUUAGUGGACAUGGAUACGUGUUUCGGUAGCUUCCUGCUGCAUAUAAACCAAGGAAGAUCCCAGAACUUGCGAUAGAACGCACGCAUUUAGAUACACAAAAAGAAAAUGGGAAGCUUUCUAGAUCUUCUGUACAAGGAAAACGCGUCGUUCUCUCUGCUACUUCUCCCCUUUUUCGUCUUCAUAUACUUCCUCAUCAAAUGGCUCUAUCCUACCACUCCUGCAGUCACCACAAAGAGGCUACCUCCUUCCCCACCAAAGCUCCCAAUCAUUGGAAACCUCCACCAACUAGGCUUGCUCCCUCACCGCUCUCUCUGGGCCUUGGCUCAGCGCCAUGGCCCCAUUAUGCUACUCCAUUUUGGCAAAGUUCCAGUGGUCAUCGUCUCAGCUGCAGACGCUACAAGAGAGAUCAUGAAGACCAAUGAUGUCAUCUUUUCAAACAGGCCUAAAUCAAGCAUCUUUGCGAAACUUCUCUAUGAUUACAAGGACGUUUCCAUGGCCCCCUAUGGAGAGUACUGGAGACAGAUGAGGAGUAUCUGUGUACUCCACCUUCUCAGCAACAGAAGGGUUCAGUCCUUCCGAGGAGUCCGAGAAGAAGAGACAGCCCUUCUGAUGGAGAAGAUAUCUUCCUCUUCUUCCUCCUCCACCCCAAUUGAUUUGAGCAAAAUGUUUCAGUCCCUAACAAAUGAUCUUAUAUGCAGAGUUGCCCUAGGAAGAAAAUACAGCGGAGAUGAAACUGGAAGAAAAUAUAGAGAACUGCUGAAGGAGUUUGUGGGGUUGCUGGGUGGCUUCGAUGUUGCCGACUACAUUCCAUGGCUGUCAUGGGUGAACUUCAUCAAUGGUUUGGAUGCAAAAGUGGAGAAAGUUGCUAAAGAGUUCGAUAGAUUUCUUGAUGAAGUGGUGAAAGAGCACGUGGAGAGAAGGAAAAGAGGUGUAGAUGAGGAAGUGAAGGAUUUCGUGGACGUUUUGCUUGGCAUUCAGGAGGAUAAUGUCACAGGCGUUGCCAUAACUGGAGUUUGCAUCAAAGCUCUUACUCUGGACAUGUUUGCUGCUGGAAGUGACACUACAUACACAGUCUUGGAGUGGGCAAUGACAGAGCUCUUGAGGCACCCACAAGUCAUGAGGCAACUUCAGAAUGAGGUCAGAGGAAUUGCUCAAGGCAAACUCCUCAUAACUGAGGAUGACUUAGACAAAAUGCAAUAUUUGAAGGCAGUGAUCAAAGAGACUCUCAGACUACACCCUCCAAUCCCACUACUAAUUCCCAGAGAAUCCACCCGGGGCGCCAAAAUAAUGGGCUACGACAUUGAAGCAGGGACACGAGUCAUUACCAAUGCAUGGGCAAUUGGGAGAAACCCACUGUUGUGGGAUGAGGCUGAGGAGUUUCGGCCAGAAAGGUUCUUGAAUUCUUCUAUAGAUUUCACAGGGAAAUACUUUGAGUUGAUCCCAUUUGGAGCUGGCCGGAGAGGUUGCCCAGGAACUCUGUUCGCGGCAAUGGCAAUUGAGGUUGUGUUACCAAAUCUUGUUCAUCGGUUUGAUUGGGAAGUGGGUGGUGGAGGUAGAAGGGAGGAUUUGGAUAUGACUGAAUGCACUGGUCUGACCAUUCAUAGAAAAGUUCCACUUCUUGCAGUUGCAACUCCAUGGCCUAGCUGAGUGUGUGGAUACCUUUCAUUUUGUUGUAUUAUCGUCCUAUUUCAGAUAAAUAAUAAUAAAUAUUCUUUUAA